AUGAGGAGAAUGCAGGAUAUCACCGAUACAUUCAUCCUUAAAAGAUGGUGGAGGCUGAGAAACCAAACCACACUAUGGGGCACUUUCCUUAAAUCCAAAUAUUGUAGAAGAUCACAUCCGGUUGGAAAAGUGGCAAUCUCAAAAGAUUCACAUGGUUGGAAGAGUUUGAUGAGAAUCAAGGACAAAGCAGAACCACAUAUGAUCUGGAAAAUCCAAAAAGGGGACUCUAGCUUCUGGUGGGACAACUGGUCAGGUAUGGGUGCACUCGCAAAAAUUCUGCCAAGACCAGGUAAAUCUGCUAAACUUAACGUGAACUCUUUUAUCCUAAAUGGUGAGUGGAACAUCAACAAGCUUAACAACACACUUUCACCUCACAUUACUCAAUAUGUUAGCAAUGUAUAUAUUGGUGAUAAUAGCAAAUCAGAUUAUCCAGUUUGGAAUUUGACCGAGAAUGGUCAAUUUUCUAAUCAGUCCGCAUGGAAUCUGUUAAGAGUCAAGAGUAACAAAAAUCAUUUUAUCCGAAAUGUUUGGCACAAGAACUUGGCCUUUAAGGUCUCCUUCAACUCUUGGAGACUGCUAAGGGACAAGCUACCUUUUAGUGAUACUGUCGGAAGAUUUGCCUCUAAUCUAAGAUUUGAUUGUUCUUGUUGCAGGAUAGCCAAGAACGAAACAAGUCACCAUGCGUUUGUGACUAGUGAAACUGCUCACAGGCUAUGGAAUAACCUUGGCAGACCACUAGGUAUUCAGCACUCUGAUGCACCUGUCUCUUUUAUUUUCAGGAAAUGGUGGGAGGCAAAAUCAGAGAACAAAGUGCACAAGAUGAUCCUACAAAUCACGCCAACCAUUAUUUGUUGGGAAAUAUGGAAGCAGAGCAGUGGUUGUAGAUACGGGACACAGAAAAAGUUCAAUUUCACAAGGAAGGAACAACAAUGUCUUUGGAGUCUUAAACAUGCUAUCAACAGUUUGGCACUUUGCCUGGACAUGGACAGACAGUGGCCUCAACUAUGCCAGAUGAUUGAACUCCUUAGACCCUCACCUGUAAUUACUCGAGUCCUAUGGCAAAAACCUUGUCAAGGAAACAUCAAAGUAAAUACUGACGGUAGUUAUAAUCCCUCAAAUGGUAAAGCUGGAAUUGGAGGUAUAGUAAGAGACUCAAAUGGGAAUCUCAUAAUGGCCUUCUCCAUAGCUGUACAGUGCAACAGUAAUAAUACUGUCGAAGCCUUGCUGCUGAGUUCGGUGGGAAAUGGUGUACACUGCAAGGAUACACUAAUUUCUCAAUUGAACUUGACUCUCAAGUGA